AAGAAAGGUAGCUGGCAAACGCCGAAUAAUUUGGCUGAUAUGGAUACAGAUAAAUGGGGAGUAUUUAGUUACACUAACAAAUUUAGUUAGAGAAGGAAGAAGGAAGAAAAGAGGAUGGAGAAAGAUACAAGAGUGACUUCCCCUUUCAGUCAGACAUCUUCGAUUACUUCCCUUGCCACAAAAGAACUAGAAACGUUAUCAACAGUGUCUGGAGCAAUGCUGUCCCAGAGCAGCAGAUCUAGCAGUGACCUUGCAACAUUGAGACCUUUGAGUCUAAGGGAGGUCUGGGAGAUCUACAUCAAAGCCGUAAAAAGUCAGGACCAGUCUGCUGAUAAUGUUGAAAAACAGUCCUACCUGCUGAAUGUUCUUGUAAAGAUGUGUGCAGCUGAGAUGAAAAAAGGACCACUACCAAAUUUCAGUGACAUGAAGAGUGUAUGUAGCCAGCUAUGUAAAGAGUUCAUGAGUGACAUUCUACAUAUUACCAGUAGAUCAGAAGAUGAUGACGUAACACAGCUACAGAAAUAUCUCCUGGAAGGGCGGGGCUGGAUCCUGCUGAAAGUUAUUCACAACAAAGGCAUUCAGACUCUGACAGGAUACAGAGAUUUUGCCAACCUGCUUGUAUCACUGUUACCAUGGUGCUUGAAAUUUCCUCUCAAACCUGUUGAUGGUCAAAAUAUAGAUAUAUCCCAACAUUCCAACAUACCUCCUGUCAGUGUCUGCUUCCAGAAUAUUCUUAAAACAUGCCAAACAAAACGUGGACAAUCACGAAACCAGUCUGUACCGGUGACCAGAAUGUCUGGCUUAAUUCCAAAAGAGCAAACUUCAAAGAAUAGCAGCUCAGCUGGAAAACGUAGAUAUUCCAAGAGAAAAUCAUAUGACAGCAAAGAUACCAGUGUUGACUCGGAAGAGGAAAGUUCCGAAACUAAAGAUGACAGGUCGAAGGGAAAGUUGAGAAAGAAAUACAGGUACUGCACUGUAAGAAGCUAUGGAGAAGGACACACACAGCCAAAAGCUGAUUCGGAAUCAGAUGAUGAUGACAUUGAGAAUUUGAUCAAAGGUAUGAAUAUUUCCAAUGAUAAUGUCAUCUCUGGAUUUGAAUUAUCAGUUCUGAUUUUAGAGCUUUUGCAAGAACUGACUUUAACUGAUCUCGGUGAAACACCGAGUGGUAAAAUGAUCUCGCCAGUGAUAUUGCCAAAUAUGAUACAAUGUCUGGUCAGUCUGGACAGUGAUGUAGGUCAGUUAGAAGAAGAUGACACAAAUUUGAGCAAUGCAAGGAUUGUGAUAAAACGACAUUUAGUUCGGGUUGUCUUGACGUGCAGUGGAAUAACUGCUGCACAACCGAAUGGGAUGAAUAAUCUGAUCUCACACAGAGUGGUAGAGCAGGUGCUCACAUCUGGAAUACACACAGCUUUAUUUCACUCUGAUAAGUCAAGUUCUGACCUCUUGCAAAACACUAGAAAUGAAGUGUGUUUGAUGUCAGAUAUUGUGAUAGGAACACUACUUUGUUUGACUGUUGUAUUUGAAAACUUGCCAUUCAAUUUGAGUUUCAUCAAAACAGCCCUGCAUCUCAUAGAGGAGUUUGACGAUCAUAAGGGAUUUCAAAUGUUGGAACAGUGUAUCCUCUUCAAUGAUUGUAUAAAAAGUUCUUCAUCUGAUUCAGCUAUUGGUCACUGGCUAGAUGAUGAACCAGUCAAAAUCAUUGGAACAUUCCUUAACACAUUGAAAGUUGUAAGAGUAAAUUAUGUGCAUUCCAUGAAAUGUGUGAAAAGAAAACAUGUACAGUGUUCAUAUGCACAGUACUUUGAUCAUCACCAUGAUAUACUAGGGGUAGCAGCAACCAGAGAUGAUCAGGCCAGUCCGUCACAGUCCAGGCGAACACCCGCACAGUCCUCUGUUGCAAGCUUUAGUUCUCAGAGCAGCACACAGGUCAUCUGUCUAGUGUCAUCAUGCACCCAGUUUUUGCUUGACCUUCUGAUAAAGGUCACUGCAAAGGUCACUAGAUUAGAUCUGUUGAAAACCAUCUAUUCAUCAGGCAUCUGUUGUUGUAUGAAGUUAGACAACAUAAUGGCAGCAUUUGUAAUAGGGAUACAGAAGUUUUCUCCGGCAGUUAGAAUGUUUGGUAUAGAUACACUGAACUGCAUUCUGUUAGAGCAUUUCUCGGGUGGGAUUUCAUAUUUCAAGGAAAACAGUCUUAGCCUAUCCUGCUCAUUUUGUGAAAAAGAGACUUUAGUUACCCAGGACAAAAACACCUGUUCAUAUCUUGUAAAGGAGGAAAAUCCUGAAUCAAAAGGCAUGGAUAGUGGAAUAGAUAGCAGUGAUGUGAAUAGAGAGGCAAAAUUCUCUGCCCUUCAAAAACUCUCCAAAUGGAGGGCAAUUUCUCAGUUGAAAGACCUCUUGUAUUCCAAUGAUGAAGCAGUAGCAGUUUCUAUAGCAAAACAUCUGCUAGUAUUAGCAAUUAAGGGGAACCCAUAUCUGAAAGCUGAACUUUUCUUCAGUGUGUACAGUCAUGCUUUAGAGUCUGUGAGGAAGGAUUCAGGAACGGCAGGUAAAAAGCUCUCAAAGUCUGUACAGGUUCAUUGUUUAUCUGCGUUACCAUACCUACUGCAGGCAAAUUGUGUAACCAAAGUGUUCUUGUCAAGGAAAGGUGUCCGCAAACUUUGUGAACUUCUUGAGGAUGAGACACUGAGGGCGCCUGUUUUGAGGAUAUUUGAAGCAUUAGUUGUUCUUGAUAGCCACAAAUUGACUGGUCACAGCCACUCUGGGGAAGAGGAAUGUCCAUGUCCAUACAGCGGGGGCAAAGUUAUAGAUACCUUUAUUUCUGAACUAUCAAAGCGGUCUUUCAGUAACAAUGAAAUGUACCAAGAUGAGUCAGCAACAGGAUGCAAGGGUCGUAUAAGGCGUGAUAGUGUAGUCAUAUCGAAAUUUUCCCUGCCAGUCCUCGUUGACUUAUGGGAAACUUGUGCCAAAUUAUGUCUUCAUAGCCAUGUGUUUGUUGCUCAGUUCAGUGAAACUCAAAGUUUUGUGAAAACUGAAUCUUUGCUGUUGGAGACUUUGGAUGUAAUUAUGAGUCCAGAUCUGAUUGGUCAGUUAAAGUCACAUGGUAGCUUUGAAGCAGAGGAUUCUGGGUUAGAAUGGGAACCAUCUGUAGAAUUGGAGAGAGGGGACCAAGCCAGCUUCUUCCAAAGAUUAUCGCUGUUUGAAUCGCUGAUUGUUGUGACUGGAGCUGGACACAGAUACCAAGGUGUCAAGCAGUACGUUCAGCUAAAAGCUUGGCAGAGAGUGAGAGAGAGAUUCACCAACACUGUGAGACUUCCACACACAAAACUGAAGGUCUUACUGGACUCUGUAAUGAAUGCAGCUAUGCCUCAAUUUGUGUCUCUUCUGGAAUACUCAUACAGCAGGAAUAUUGCUCUAGUGCAUGUGAGAGAUGAUGACAUCUAUGAUGAAGAUGAGGUACGACAGUUGCUACAGUCAGGCAGUGAAGAAGAUAAUGAGAUCCUUACAGAGAUUGGGUAUGAUGCUGAUAGUGAAGAAACAACCAUGGAUGAUACUGAUAAAGACAAGAGGAUUAGAUGUAGUGUACUGAAGUCCAGAAAUCCAUACAAGAUUUACUUUCCUACAACCUUUGGACUACUGUUUGAUUUACUAGUGUUGCUACGGCGACAGGAAUACAACCAAUCAGUGAUCAGUGCAGUACUAUACAAGCUUCUACAGAAUGUCAGAAUGGAUGUGAACCUGGCUAAGGCACUCUGUGAACAGGAUGUGUUGUCUGUAAUUCUGGGAGAUAAAGGAUUCUGGGAUAGUUUGCUGAAAACUGAAACAGAAGAGACAGUUUCAGAAAACCUAGUUGGAUUGUUGGAACAGCUUGGCCAGUACAGACUGGAGUCACAUGACCUACAGAAAAUUCUACAGCUGUUCCAACACUCUGAUAUACCCAUGGAAAAACUGCUCAGUGUGUUUCUGACAAUUCUUGAGAAGUCCCCAGUCCUUUCCCAUCACAGUGUUAAAUUCCCAGUUUUACAGUGUGAACAGUCACAGAAGGUUGUUGAAGAAGAGUUUUUAGAGAAUGGAUCAUUUGAACUGCCCCCUGUUGGAAUCAGCCCAUUGAUAAAGACAGUGUCUGACACAGUGACAAACUUGUUCAUGUCCAACUUCCAGAAAGCUGAAAAGACAGAUUCUGACACUAUUAAAGUUAGACAGGAAGUUUGGAGUACCUGUGCUCUGCAGACUUGUUUGAAAGAUGCUGUUUCCUGGCCUCCUUUACAAAUAGGUGUCACAGUCGCAAUGUGGGUGUGUCUACAGAAGGAACAAAGUCCAAGAUGUCUGCAGAGAGUGCCAAUUUAUGAUAUUGAAACAGGUGAAAUGAAGAGCUGCAAGCAUGAUGUGAACCAGUCUGAGGACAGUACUGUAGCAGGAUGUUUACAUAUGCUUUCCAUAGGAACCAAGGAGAAGCUGCUGGAGAUCUGGACUGAUACAUACACAGGCUCUUUGAUCUUUAGAUUGACAAGUGAAGUGAGUGAUAUUGGACUGGUUGUGAAGGAAAGUAGGUUAUCAGGAGUGAUGUCCCCUGACAGAUGGCAGCACCUGGUGAUCAGCUAUAAAGAAGGAUAUGAAGGCAGCACAGUAAUGGGCAAUGUAAAACUUGUGAUAGAUGGUUGGCUGAGUCAUAAUUUUGUCCUGGACCAUCCUCAUUCAUCAAUUAGGUCUCGACAUAGAUCAUCCCAGCUACAACCACACCUAUGUGUGGGUCAUACUGUAACCAAUCUACACACUUGUCAGCUAGGAAACUGGCAGCUUGGUCACAUGAUGUUGUUUAAAGGUUCACCAAUAUCAAAAGAACUGUGCUUUCAUCUGUACACACUUGGCCCUAACAACAGAUCUAUACUGAAAUGUGACUCUAGCACUGUAUCAACAGUAUACGCUCCUCACUUACACAAGAACACAGUGUUACACUCAAGGAUAGACUACGAUACACUAGUAGGCAUUAAGAGGGUAGACUUUACAGGUCCUAGGAAUAAUUUAUUACUGUCAUACCAGCCAAGUAAAUGUAAAGAGAUGUUGGAGUAUCCACCAGUUUCUAAACUGAUACCAAAUCAAAGUCCCAGUAACCUAGCAUAUGCCCCAGAUGCCCUCUUGACACAGCAACCAAAGGUCGUGACCCCAGUGUUCCAAGGUCAUCUCCAUAGCAACAGUAGCACAAGCUUAGAAAUGGCCAUAGAAGAGUCGGGAGGCAUUGCAGCGAUUUUGUUUCUUGUUGCUAAGGUGUAUGAACGCUGCCCAGAAAGUAUGCCUACCGAAGAGGCAGAGAAAAUCCAGUCAGAGGUUCUGAAGAUACUCAUGUCUGUGAUGCAUCACUCCUCACAGUUACAGGAGGAAUAUCUCAACAUUGGAGGCCAUGCUCUGUUAUGUAAGGUCCUAACCAGUAGUAGAAGUGUUCCAGGACAACUCACUCUCAAGGUGAUUAUGGAUGCGGCCACCACAGAAUCACUGUACAGAUUUUCUCCCGGCUCAUCAGACAUGAUGCUGAAGCAUAAAACAGAUGCUGUCAUCCGUGAUGUCACCAUUAUUGAGCAUCUAGUUCUUCAUUGGUUGAACUGGGAGAGGUGUGACCAAUCAGUAACAGAGAUGUUGUUUGCAGGACUUGCAUGUCUGGUACAAGAAGAACAUCCACAUCAGAACUUUAACAUUAAACAAUACCAGGCCAUCAAUAUUGUUAAUAAAAUCUUCAAAGUCUAUCAGGAGAGAAUUCAGGAAGGAUUUCCCUCAUUGUCAGUGUCAGUGGGAACCAGUGUUGUUUCUAUCUUACAGAACAUGGCUGGUUCCCCACCUGACUAUCUUCUUAUACUAGAGAUAUGUGACUUCCUGUUGAAUGUUCACCCAGCAGCCAAUACAUAUAUCAACCAUUCUAAAUCUCUGUUCUACUUUAACCUGUCCUGGGGCCAGCCGCCAUCUCCACUAACCAAAUGGAAAAUAGGACUUGGACAGGGCCUCGCUUCCAGUACACCUGUCAAAAUGACAUAUAAUAUUGCAGACAGAGUGAUUGGGAAGUUAAAGAAGAACCUGUCUGACAGUUUUAUCAAAGAGGAAUCAGAGUCGAGUUAUCCUGAAGUUGACAUUACCAAUAAACAGUCCCUUACUUUAUCAGAAAAACCUCAUAGAAAUAGAAGCAAUGACACUUUAGAAAAGACUGAUAAAGCAGCUGGCAAUGUCAAAUUUCAUCAUGAGAGAACACAGAUAGAGACGGACGAAGAAUCUGAUAAGAAAGAAGUACAGGAAACUAAAAGUGAUUCAGGUGAUAGUGAUAAUGAUAAAACAAAAGACACAAAAGAGAUGGAAGCAGUUGAAUCUGUUGGUAAUGAACUGGAACCAAUUCUUACAUCUUCAACAAAUCUGCAUGUAUCUACUGGAAUACCCAACAACUUUGAAAGUUUGUAUAAGACAGCUAUAUCUUGUGACGAUAGUGAACCUGUGAAAUUCUUAGUUGGUGAUGACAGUGUAAAAGAUACUGAUAAUACUGUCAGAGAUGUUGAUGCUGAAAGGACUGAUAUAUCUGAGGAUACCAGUCUAGGAUUAAAUGUAAAUAGGGUAAAGUAUGGUGAUUCAGGUAGAAUGGAGAUUGAGAAGGAGGUUGAACAGGAAUUUAAUGAUGAAGAGACUGAUGAUACUGAAGAAGCUUCUAUACCAAGAGAUAGUCUUUCUCUGAAUUUUGAUGAAGAUAAUGCAGAAUUGCUAAAACUAGAGAAAGGAUUGACUGCAGUUUGUGUUGGCUUGCUGAGACUGUUGUCUUCUGUGAUAGUCACCAUGCCGGACGGACUGGUGGAAAAAACAUUCCGCAAAUCAAUUAUCAAUACUCAAACUUUUAUUGUACUCGCACAAAAUAGUUCAGCAGAGGUCAGAGAGGCAGUCAUUAAGCUGAUUGCAGAGUAUCUCCAAAGAUGCAAUCAUCAAAAUGCAGAAGAAUUUUUCAAAAUGGACGGUUUCCAUUUGUUAUCUGCCCAGUUAUUUCAGUACCCCACCCACUCAGAUCAGAUGGAGGCUGCAGUUUCCAUAGUGAUGCAGCGGCCAUUUAAAAUAGAUGAAGGAUUACGUCCAGAUGAAGUCUUGGAAGACUUGACAAGAGUACAGCAGUCGGCUAUCCCAUUGAUGUUGUCGUUGCUAAGCAACACACUUGGUGACCUUGCCCUCUGCCAUAAUUCAAUCCAGUUCUGUUGCAAGCUGUUUGAGACAUCUGAUGUUGUUGCCACGGUGAUGACAGAACAAGGGGUCAUUGAGGUGCUUUCCAACAUGCUUGUCAAACUGAUUAAGACAGGAUCCAGGGACACCGAUGUUGAGGGUAUGGACGAGAGUGAGAUUCUUCUGGGUGACCUUCUAGAAUUCUACAAGGUUAUUGCUAUCAGAGAAUUCAGUGCAAGUGGCCCUCAACAUUACCAACAUUUUGAAGACAUUCUGGUGUUGCUACAGGAUUUGGAGUCUGCAGAAAUACAAACACAAGGCAUUGACAGUAAGAAUGUGCAGAUGUUACGGACCUUUCAGCAGCAUAUUUUUGUAGCCAUCAUGGAUUUGGUGGAGAGAACAAGUGAAGAAGUCAGUCAGCAAUCCUCCCUGAGUUUCUUCUCUAAACAGGCACCAUCUAGAAGUCAAUCUACUGCAUAUGCCAACAAUCCCGGUUCCUUCCCAUCAUUCCCUACACACAGAAACCUCUCCUUGCAACCACAACAAUUCUCUUUGAGUGGCACCUUUGGUAGGUUACCAUUCCGUAAAAAAUCACCUGGAGGAUAUUUUGUCCAAUCAGAUCAUCCAUACAAUGAGACACCAGCCAAUAGCGGAUCAGGAGACAGUGAUAGUUCCCAGGAUUCCUGGUUCACAGGAAGUAUACACAGCACACACACAGUGAACCUACCUGUAAACAAACAAUCAUACAGCAGGACAAAGUCAAUGGACAUCAGUCAUGGUAGAUUGAUGAGAAGUAACUCACUCCUACAGACGGUGCUGUCCAUUGGGAAAAGGAAAAAACUUGUGACAGUGCCUAUAUCACAGAAUGAACUGAUAGAAAGGUUGAAGAAAGUCAUCACAUUUGCUGUAGAUUCUGCCAUGUUUGCAGAUCGUAAACCUUGUGAAGGUCGCCGUGUUGUGUUACUAUUGGAGAUGUCGCCACAGUCAGUCAGUGUAGAGAGAGAUUACAUGAGAAAACUUUUCACAUUUACAUACAAGGCAUUUGAAGCAACACUGCCUCAGGAGAAAAGUUCUUACAGUAAGAGAAACAAAAAUGUGAUCAUGUGGGGAGCCAAAGAUGUUCUCAGAGUUCAGCUUGGCAGAUUGUUGGGUUUUAUGUUAUCAAGUAGACAGGAGUUUGAUCAGCGUGCCUUUGCUCUGUCAUAUAUAUCUGGAGAACAACGUGGCUUUGAGGUGCUUAAGAUGAUUGUGCCUACACCAGAAGUUGGCAAUGACCUUGGAUACUUUAUCAAUGACCUCAUGACACAAGGAAGAAGUUGGUUGUCAAGGCAACAGAAUGUAGAUGGCUCAAAAAUGAUAAAUCACCUACGUAGUGCAGGAUUUGAGGUGUUUUCUCCUAGUAGUCAGCAAACAUCGGCUGCACAGGAGCGCUUGCAAGAGAGAAAGAGAAUUAUUGAAUCUAGGUAUGAAAGUCACAAAACAUUGUGGAUAAAGAGGAAAGAGAUAUCAUUGAACAGGAUAUUUCAUCAGUUUGACAGCCAGUCUGCUCGUCUGAGUGAUAGUGCAAUGGAAGUCACUCAGACUGUGACCCACUCACAGACACUGGAAAGGAACAAGUUUGUUGAAUAUUUAAGACAAAAGAAAACAGAUAGUAUAGAAGUAAAGAAACAAUGGCAGGAAAUUGUACAGAAUCUUACACAUGAAAGAGCCCUGUGGUAUGAUGAGAAGUCUUAUCCCCAGUCCUGGCAGCUGAACCCCACAGAGGGUCCCUGUAGGGUGAGAAAGAGGCUCCAACGAGGACAUCUAGGAAUAUUGCCAAAAUUUCUCAAGAAAGAAUUCCAGCAUAAACUUUGUACUGAGACUGUAGACCCGCCUCUGAUUUACUUGUUUGAAGACGAUCAUCAGAUUUCAGACUCUGCAGCCCUCAUUUACCAGCUGCACAAGAACAAGAAAAUCAGACACACAAGUACAUGUAGAGCAGUGUCACCUGUGGGAGAGAGUAAAGGGGAAUUACUCAUCGGUGAAGACAGUGUGUUCUUUGUGGCAGAUGAGGCUAUCACAGAUGCUAAUUACACUCAGGUGUUGCUGGGCAACAGAGAUCAGUUGUCAAUGACAUGGCCAUUUGAAGAUGUGCUAGAGAUACACAGGAGAUGGUAUGAACUGAUGGACACAGCCAUUGAAAUAUUCCUCACUAAUGGAAAAACAUGUCUCUUAGCCUUCAAGUCUGCUAAGGAGAGGGAGGAGAUAUUCCGUCACUUGAUGAACUUGGAACUACCAAACCGACGUGACACUGGAAAUCUCCUUGACAUUGUUGAUCGUUGGCAGAACGGACAGAUUACAAACUUCGAAUAUCUUACAUAUCUUAAUAAGAAAGCUGGAAGAACGUUCAAUGAUUUGAUGCAAUACCCUGUGAUGCCUUUUAUACUUAGAGAUUACACAAGUGCUACGAUAGAUUUACGAGAUUUUUCUGUGUACAGAGAUCUGCUAAAACCAGUAUCUGUCCAGGAGCCAAAGAAUGAACAAAAAUUUAAAAUGAAUUAUGAGAUUUUGAAGUCAGAGUAUGACAAGUUUGGCAGAGAAGGUAUUACGGGUCUGCGAGUUGCACCCUAUCAUUAUGGUAGUCAUUACUCUAACAGCGGUGGGGUACUGCACUUCCUGGUCAGAGUGCCUCCAUUCACUAAAAUGUUCCUCGGAUUUCAAGAUCAGAGUUUUGACAUUCCUGACAGGACGUUCCACAACAUUCACACGUCUUGGAGACUCUCCAGCGCUGAGUCUAAUACAGACGUAAAGGAACUGAUUCCAGAAUUUUUCUUCAUGCAUGAAUUUUUAGUCAAUUCAGAAGGAUUUGAGUUUGGUACACGACAGAAUGGUGAGGAAGUUAACAAUGUUAUUUUACCACCGUGGUGUGGUGGUAACCCACGUAUGUUUGUUCUGAUCCACAGACAGGCCCUAGAGUCAGAGUAUGUGACAGAGUUUAUCUGUACAUGGAUAGAUCUCGUGUUUGGAUAUAAACAACGUGGAGAAGAUGCUGUAAAAGCCAUCAAUGUCUUCCAUCCAGCAACAUAUUUUGGUUUGGAUGUAAGUAGUGUGAAGAAUGCCCUGGACCGUAAAGCCAUUCAGACAAUGGUACGGACUUACGGACAGACACCCAGACAGUUAUUCAGGAUUGCUCAUCCUCGCCAGGACCUGGGACUUUUAGAAUCUAUUUCAAACAGGCAGACACAGUUUCCAGAGUACAAGCUUGUAUCUGGACUUAAAUGGGGCACAUACCUCGGUUCUCCUGACAAGCCGGACCCGGUAGUGGUAUGGGAGGAGGUUUAUAAAUCACAAGUAGCUUCCCUGAUUGCCCUGCCCGCAGGUUUGAGCGGCACAUCCUCUGUGUUUGGUAUUAGUGCCAGUAGCUGUCUCCUCGUUCAACACAGUCAGGAUAAACAGAAAGCUACAUUAACAGAUACAUCAUCUGGUGUAGUUUGGGCAGCCAUUUUGACAUGGGGUCAGCAGGAUGGACUGGUUCGCAUCAUUAAUGGAACAAAUAAACCUGCCCUCAACUUCAUCAAAUAUAACCAGUCUGAUGAGGUAACCUGCUGUGUGUCAGUACCUGAUUUGAGGCAUCUAUUUUUCGGAGGAACAUCAGGGGUGAUAACCAUAUACAACACUAAACAUAAUCCUGCUAAGGAGAGUGAGUUACAGGUGUUUGGUCAUAAGCGAUGCCUGUAUGGACAUAAAGGUGCUAUCAACAGCCUAGUUGUGUGUAAACCAUACAGUAUCAUGGUCAGUGCAAGUCAGGAUGCUACAUGUAUCAUCUGGGAUCUCAACAGGCUAUCAUAUGUACGUUCUAUCAAAGGUCAUAAGUCAGGAGUACAAGUUCUAGCAGUGAGUGACACUCUAGGAGACAUUGCCAGUGCCAGUCAAUAUGGUAUGGGAAGUAACCUGUAUUUACACACUGUGAAUGCUGAGUAUGUUGCUAUGGCAACAUGUGAAGAUACAAUCAACUGUUUGACGUACUCCACGGCAGCAGAGGGUGUGUCUAUCAAUGUUAUAGCUGGAGGUCUCAGCUCGGGUGUGGUCAGACUGUGGAGUAGCUGGGACCUUUCCCCAGUCAGAGAUCUUGUGCACAGGUCUGUCCCUCCAUCCCCAGUUAUAAGUUUAACAUUCACAAAGGAUUCUCAGAAACUGUAUGUGUCAAGCAGUGAUGGAAGAAUCAGAUUAUGGGACUAUAAUGGGCAGCCGAGAUUAAGAUCCAAUAGAUUUUUCAAACCUUACCUCUACUGACAACAGCGGACAGCAAAGAUUGAAAAUCUCCAUGAUCCUAAACCCUCACCAUAUUGCUCCUAAAACAGCAUUGCCCAGUUGUGGUUAAAAUCCCUCAGAAGCUUUAUACCAUACCUCAGUAACCUCAGUAACAACAGGGCAAGUGAGGUUAAAUUUGAGAGAUUUCUGUAACCUCAGUUGUAAGAACUUUUUUCAACAAUGGAUAGCUGAAGUAAAAAUCAAAAAGCUGAUCUAUUGACACUUAUACAACAGCAGCUGUUUAAAUGUAUAUUACUGAGAAGUGGUACAGUUUUUACUUUUUUACAAGCAUGCAGAGUGAGUGAAAAUGUUGAAAGCUGACUUCAGAGAGAAAUGUAUUCCAUAUUUACGAAAAAACAAGUAAAUUUUAUUUUUAUUUUUUAUGCUAAUUGAUGAAAAGCAAGCAAUGAAAUAAACAAAAACUAUAUCAUUCAAAAUACUGGUGAUAUGGAGCUUACAUCAUUGAAAAAACACAGAAUUUCAUUAAUUCACGUAAAUUAAUGAAUGUUGACAUUUUAUAAAGAAUCAAUAAACAAGUGUAUAUUUACUGAUGCGUUAUUAACUAAAUGGUAUUUAUGUUGACAGCACUUUUUUAAUCUGCUGAAUAUGAGAAACCCUAAAUGUUUUAUAUAGGCCUGCAUUUAUCAUGCUCCAAGAGAGAACUUUAAAUUGGUGCUUAGGAAUGCAAUUGGCAGAAUUGUAUAGCAACAACCUUUUACAUUUCUGUAAAGUUUAGGAAUUAGAUUUCCUGAAAUGAGAGAAUGAACAUUUUUUCAAUGUAUUACAGCAUUACAUCUGUUUAUAUAACAACACAGCUAUAUAGCUUAUUUUGCUAAUUUACAAGUGUAAAAACUGCAUGUAUGCAAACUAUAGUAAACCACUUGAUCGCUUAAAGUCACAAGAGGGGGAGUAAAAUGCUUCAGUUAUCCAGGGUUUGAGGUAGUCCUAAUGUUUACCUUUAGCCUGCUGGCAUCAAGUGAUUUUGCCUUUGCAACUAGUGCAAACCAAGAUCAGCGUGCACAUCCUUGCAGGCUGAUCAUGGUCUGCACUGUUCGCUAGUCAGUCAGUAAAUUUUCAGUGAACACCCCUUGGACCAGUCCAUUUUAGAAAUUUAGCAGGGUAAUGGUUAGAUAUAAGGGAAACAACCAGGGAUCACAUUGAAUGUUGUAGUCAACCUGGGACUACAUUGAGUUCUUGAGUCAGUACUAGGCAUUGAGCCGUUGGUGCUUUUGUGAGCCUUGUUUCAAUUUUUAACUUUAAGGUUCAUAUGUGAACUAAUUCCAGCAGCUCUGAAGCUCAAGUUUUAUGCAUAUGGUUAAACUUGUGUGAAAGACCACCAAUGGACAGAGACCACCUGUCUCAUAAAGACCACCUUAGAGAAUCAUUUCAUAAUCUAAACAUUUUCAGUUUACUUUAACCUGUGAAUAGAGACCAAUCUGGCUUUUCCAAGUAAGAUUUUUACAUAAAGUUUGAUUAUAUAUUGUUAACUACAAAGGCAUUUUUGGAUUUUCGAUUUACUGGUCAUAGUUUUGAUAAAGGCAUGGACAUAAAGGUAUAGCCAAAAAAAGAAAAUAAAUUGUCAAAAAAUGGAUUUAUGCGUAUUGUAAUUAGUAAGAUAACAUUCCGUGAAUUUAGAUCAUUCCUGUAUGUAGGAGACAUGUAGAUUUCUCUUCUAGAUUUAGUCUUCCUAAUCUUUACCUCUAUGUGUGUUAAGUUUAUGACAUUUUUGUGUGUGCUAACAUAUUACAGUGCAAUAAAUUGAAGUUAUUAUAAAAUCCGUCAAUGCACCAGAUGUGGUAUUGAGAAUGUAUAAAGUUUGUACAAUUUUUUUUUUUUUUUUUUUUUUUUUAUGCUCCCCAAAGGGGAAGCAUAUAGUUGCCGCUUUGUCCAUCCGUGUGUCCAUCCAUCCCACAAUGCUUGUCCGGAGUUUUCUUGGCAACCACUAACUGAAAUUUAGCCAAAAUUCAUUGGAAGCUUCACUCCUAAGAGUAGAUGUCCCGGUUGGACAAUUUUUUUGCUAAGUAAUUUCCCUUUGAUUAUUCAACACAGUAUACUAAUUGGUACCAUUUCUGUCCCGCAAUUCCUGUCUGGAGUAUUUCUCAGCAACAACUGACUGAAAUUUGUGAAACUUCAUAGGAAGCUUGACUAUUAAGAGGAGAUGUACAUAUAGUUUCUUCAUUUUCCAGUCAGAUAAUUUUCACUGAGCUAUUGCCCUUUCAUUAUCCAACAUAGUAUACUAUAGUUUAACUUUAUCUCAAGAGAUGUGCAUAUUUCCUUCAUGUUCUGGUUGGAUGAUUUUUUCUGAGUUACUGCCCUUUGAUUAUUCAAUAUUAGUAUACUAUAGCACACUUUCUUGUCAGCAACCCUUAGCUGGAAUUUGUAGUAAACUUCACCCCUAUGAGGAGAUGCACAAAUUUCUCAUGUUCCAGCUGGAUGAUUUUCACUGUGUUAUCGUCUUUGAUUAUUUAAUAUUUUUAAAGUAUAGUACCAUUUCUUGUGUGGGGUAUUCCUCAGUAGCCUUUGGCUGGAGUUCAUGGAAACUUCAUAGAAAGCUUCAUUCGCAAGUGGAAAUGCUCAUAUUAUCUUCAUGAUCUACUUGGGUGAUUUUUCAUUUAGUUAUUUCCCUUUGAUUAUUCAAUGAUUAUAAACUAUAGCGCCAUCUUUGCCCAGAGCUCGCUGAUAUUCACUGAAACUUCUUCAUAAAGAGCUUCGCUCCCUAGAGAUGAUGCACAUAUCUUGUGUACACUUUUUCUUAACAACUACUUGCAGGAUUUCUUAGAAACUAGUUUGCAAGCUUCACUAUUAAGACAAGGUGUGUGCCCAGUUGACAAAUUCCACUUUUUUGCUUUUUUAGCUUUUAAUAUGCAAUAAUUAUACUUUGGGGAGAAUCCAUCAGUUUUACUGAUAUUUUCUUGUGUUUUUUUUUAUCAUAUCGGUUUAAGGUGAAUGCAAUACUCUAUUUGUUCAGGUUUUUGGUUAAGGGCAGAAAAAAUGACUUACUAUUUAAUCACACUUAAAUCUCUAAUCAGCACCAGACCCCAGAUAUAUUUCUAUUAUAUGUAUGAGUCUAGUAUUCAGAAUGUUGGAUACAUUAUCUUGUCUAUAGAAUGACUGAUCUGUGAAUCUGUCAAUCAUAUGUAUGAAUUUGUUAUAUUGUUUGGAUGCAUUUCACUGCAGUGAUAUCUUAUUACAUGUACUAGUUAGGCCUAAAAUCUUAUUGCAUGUACUAGUUAGGCCUAAAAUAUUAUUACAUGUACUAGUUAGGCCUACAUGUAAGUGUUUAUCUGAUGUUCUAUAAAACUGUUAGAUUAGUAUGUAUUUAGUCUAUUUCAUCUAUCUCUAGCUCUAUGCAUUUUUGUACUUUAUGCACAAAUGUAAUUUUUGUGGAACUUUCAAAAAAUUAUUUCUUUUAUGUUCAGGUGCCAUUUAAGUUAAUGUGCAAUACAUUUCUGUACAGGGUACAUGUACUAUAGUUAUUAAAUAGAAUUAUCACUGUUUCGAAACACGAGACUAAAUGAAUUAAAAUUACCUGAACAGAAAUAUCCUUUGAUCUUUACAAUUGUAAGGGAAUAAUUUUCUUGAUGCGUCAGUGUUUCAAUAAGUAUUGAGUAAGGUCCUGUGCCUGUAUUUAUCAACAUUUUAAGCAUGACACUAAGACUUUAUCAAAUGCUAAUUUUUCUUUUUGCUCUGCCAUUGUCAAAUAUGCAUCACUUGCACAGAAACUGCCUGAAUUUUCAUUCUGCCCCUAUUAUCAUGUAAAUAUUGGUCUCUGAAAGAGCGGGGUGUAUUACGUAAACGCCCGUGAUGGGCGGGCAGUCGGCAUCCAAAAGCAUGUCCACUCUCUAAGUGGAACAGUUUUCAUUCGAUCUUCACCAAUAUUUGUGGGCAUAAUAUCUCGGCCAGCUUCGAUAACCACCCAAAUCGCCCCAGGCACUCUUGGAUUAUGGCCCUUGAAUUACUCGAAAAACUGCGAAUUUAGCCUUAUCCACUCUCUAAGUCAAACAGUUUUCAUCCGAUCUUCACCGAACUUGGUGACAAUGUUUUUGGGCAUAAUAUCUCAGCCAGGUUCAAUAACCACCCAAAUCACCCCAGGCACUCUUGGAUUAUGGGCCUUGAAUUACUCGAAAUCUGCGAAAUUAGCCUUGUCCAUUCAAACAGUUUUGAUCCGAUUGUCAAUUUCAUCCCACAUGGAACCUCACAAAUACCUUGAUUCCUUGUUACUCUUUUUUUAAGUUGACAAGGCAUACAACAUUAACAUUAUUACCUUGAUAAUGCGUAACUGAAUAUUUAGACGGGCAUAUUUUGUGACAGUCUGGCACUCUUGUUUUUCUGUUGCAAUUCCAUGUUCUUGUCUGAUUUUGUGAUAUGAAAAGAACUCAUUUUGAAGGUGGAUCAUAUGAUCCAGUUCAGAGGUGAAAUUGAUCCAGUUCAGAGGUGAAAUUCAUAUUAAGCAUUUAUAUCUAGAAAAUCUCUUUAAAUUUUAGUGUUGAUAAAUUUACAUUUUGAUACAUUUUAUUCUGUUAUCUUAAAUGGCAUGCACAGAAUUGCACGAAGACAGACAGAGGCACUUGCCACCCACUAGAGCAUUCCAUUGUACUGGGGCUUUAUGUUUCUGUAUAUAACUGUAAUCUUGUUAAGUUUUCAGUUCUAGUUAAAAUCUGUUUAUCGGGUAGUAUGGUUUAUUAAAAAUACAAAGUACUAUUCUGACAUUUAAAAAGUCAAAACCUGAUCUGGAUAUUUGCUUGUCAGCAUUAUAAAGCCCUUGUCAUUCAUCAGCAAUAUCCUGAUAUGCUUCUCUUAGAGAGGUUGUCUUGGCAACAUUAGAAUGCAUGUUUAAAUGUUCUAAACAUUUUCAAAGUUUUCAGUUUUUUGCUGGAAGAUUUUUAGUUUUAAUGUCUUCUUUACUUGAGCUGCAAAGUCUUUCGUAAUAAAAUCAAUGGUGUUAGGAAAAAGCCCUGUAAGUUAAAAAUGGAUAAAGCAGGUCAAAAUUCCACCACAUAUUUCAGGUUUUAUGAAACUCCUUUUAGUUUACCAAAUAAGUGAUUUAGUGCAAUAUUUUUGUGCCCCAAAAUCUUGUGGAAUAGGGGUGGCAUUUAGCAUUUCCGUUGUCCAUCCAUCUGUCCGUCUGUCUGAAUUUGUGUUGUGCAUAUCUCAAAAAGUAUUUGACCCGAUCAUCAAACCUGAUGUUUUAACUGGGAUCUAAUAUAGCCAGAACAAAUAUUUCACCUUGAGUCAUGAAACCAUGUACAGUGACAGGAAGUGGGGGCACUGUCCUAUGGACACACAUUUAGUCGAUAUUUGUUUUACUUUACUACUUCAAAGAAAACCAUUAGCAAAUAAGAGUACAUGUACUGAAAUAUACUUUAAAGUAAAAUACUCAGUCACUCAAUAAGUUUAAAUAGGGCAGUUUUAAAGUUGGUUUGACUUGCCAGUAGUACAGUGUGGUUAAACACUGUAAUGCAUAUUUAAAAGGUUGAACAAACAAUACAAAAUGAGAAAGACUUCAUUCCAUUAAUUAGUUAAGAAUUGAUUGUUAUAUAUAUAUAUAUAUUACGGUUAUGUUAUAUAUUUAACACUGUUAUAUAUCAUAAUGUUCAAAUUUUAUUGGAAAAAUAAAAUUCUUAUUAUUAUAAA